UCUCGAGCAGAACGGAGCUCCAACACUGAGAACCGAGUACUUAGAGCCGAGAACACUCUACUAUAACAGAGCCAAGUGAAAUCGUAAACUUCGCCAUAGUUAACAUAUUCCAUAUCCACCGGAAACUCUAGCGAAAGUUCUAGAACUCUAGUGAAAGUGCCAAACGAAGCUUUGCAGUGAAAGCCAUCCAAGCAACUUAAGAUAAGAUAUGCAGAAAAUGAAUUUACAUGUGUGCGCCUUAGCGCUGCUGCUGUUCGGCAGCAUCGCCACUGUCCACGGAAGAGCCGUGGACCUGGUAGACGAUAGCAACGAAGCGGACAACUCCAUUGAGGCCGAGGAGAAACCGCGGAACAGAAUGUUCGAUGCCGACUGGCUUAAGUUCACCAAAACGCCGCCGACCAAACUGCAGCAGGCGGAUGGUGCAACCAUUGAGAUCGUUUGCGAGAUGAUGGGCUCCCAAGUGCCCAGCAUCCAGUGGGUGGUGGGUCAUCUGCCUCGCUCGGAGCUCGAUGAUCUGGACUCCAAUCAGGUGGCCGAAGAGGCGCCCAGUGCCAUAGUUCGCGUCCGAUCCUCACACAUUAUCGAUCACGUGCUGAGCGAGGCCCGUACCUACACGUGUAUUGGACGCUCUGGCUCUAAGACCAUCUAUGCCAGCACUGUGGUGCAUCCUCCACGAUCAUCUCGUUUGACGCCAGAGAAGACCUACCCAGGUGCCCAGAAGCCGCGCAUCAUCUACAGCGAGAAGACGCAUCUGGACCUGAUGGGCUCCAACAUCCAACUGCCCUGCAAGGUGCACGCUCGUCCCAGAGCCGAAAUCACCUGGCUGAACAACGAGAACAAGGAGGUCGUCCCUGGACAUCGCCACAGGGUGCUGCCCAAUGGUGAUCUCCUGAUCUCCGAGAUCAAGUGGGAGGACAUGGGCAACUACAAAUGCAUAGCCCGGAACGUAGUCGGAAAAGACACCGCCGACACCUUCGUGUACCCCGUACUUAAAGAGGAAGAAUAAAGAACCCACCACAAAAAAGAAAAGAAAAAGGCUAUUGGAUUGACGACGGGAAUUCAUCUAGUUAGUUAGAUAGAUCAAAUGCCUUCGAAGAUGCGUGAAAAGAAAAGAAAUAUGCUUAGAAAAAAAUACAAAAAAAAGGAUGGAGCGAAAGGUCAUACGAUUUACAAUUACGUACAAUUUAGGUUAAGCACAAUCUAGCUCGUAAUCCAGGUAAUUAACCGUAUCUAAUGCCGGCUUAGACACUAAUUUUCUAACUUACUACCCUCGAAUAGCAGUCACACGUAUCGCAUUCGAAUUAUAGAAUCUACUUUAUCAUUUUCUUCAAUUUUAGUUUUAGUUAUCGGCUUGUAAUCACGCGUCUUUUGGUUUCUUUUUAUAAGUAGCAAUGAUUGUUCCUAGCGAUUCAGGCAGGUAUAGUUAACGUAUUUAAACUAAUUGGCCAUUUACUUAAGGGUGCCGCAACAUAGCAACCCAAGCACAAACCACAAUCAAUCAAUCAAACAAUCAGUCAAUCACCCUAUGUGCACCCAUCAUUUCUACAACUAAUUUAUUGAUCGACCAAAUUCAUCCAGCAUCGCAACCCAUAUAGAAUCACUGAAUAGUAUUCACGGAAUUAAUCAGUUUCAUAAGCUACCCGACUAUGUUUUAAUCUUUAAGCUACUAGAACUGAAAUAUGGUUUUCUAAUUGUUUAGUUUUUAAUUAUAAUCAACUUUCAAGCGAUUGUUUUUGAAUAAAUACAAGAAAAUUGAA